AUCGUUCAAGACCCUGUUUUUUUUGUAUUUUAGAGGCUAUAUCUCCAAGGCGAGGUAGCUAACUCCUAGAACAGUUAAGACCAUUUCAAAAAGAGGUCAAACCAUGGACUGUGACCUAAGGAACUAGGUGGACGUGCCUCCGAAAUUCGUGAAGUAGUUAAACUUGAAUGAGGCUAUUAAAAGCAGGUCGGUCAAGGCACAUUUGCUUACUUAAACACACAUGCAUUGUACGGUCUACAAACUCGUUUUAUUUAGCCGAAUCGAAAGAUCAUUCUUGUAACAUUUUUACUCAUAGAGAACAUUGUUUAUAUUUUCUUUUAAAAUUCAUACAAUCACUCGAAAGAAAAAAAUUCAUCCAAUCAGUUGCAGAAUAUUUAUUGUGGGUUUGAACUCCCACACAACCGGUUAAAGUUGAACCGCAAUCCUAUAAUGUAUCCGGUUAGGCGAUCUAAUUGUAAAGGACCUAUCACCUAACGUUACCAAAUUGUUGAAGAGAUAUUGCGAGAUUGGGAGAUUCUGUGGAAUCAUCAAAUGACGUAGCUACCCUUGACAGUCUGAAAUUAAAAUAUAAAAGGAAAAAGGAGAUUCCGGGUGGGGCCCAUUGCCGUUGUGUCUGAAAAAGCGAGAUUGCAUGAUCCAACUGAUCUCUCUACUAAUAAUAUCAACUAAUUUAUCUGUUUAUUGUAUUUUAUCAUAUUAACAGCAGCAAAUGUUAAAUUCUUUUUUUUUGUCAUCAAAUGUUAAUUUUUUUAAAAUGUACAAUUACCAACUUUUGAUCACAGUCCAUUAUUUGUUUGACAUUUGGGAACAUCAAUAACCAAAUGUUUUUGAAUUCAUCUUUACCUAUUUAGUCUCCAUAUCUAAUUUAAAAAUUUAAAACACAUUUUAAAAAGUAUUUUUCUUAUUUGUAUAUUGUACUGAAGACGAUAAAAAAAAAUUUAAAACAUUUCUCCAAUCUUAACAUGUUUUUGGUUUAUUUUAGGAACUUACAGGGUUGGACAUUUAUUUGUGACAGGAAAUAAAGGAUGGAACUUUAAUUUGUUGCUCAUUCGACAAAUUUUACUCUUUAUUAAAAGGAAAACUCAAAAAAAAAAUAGCAGAAAAAUGUUUCCUCCGUCUUCAAGUAUAUAUAUAGUCGAGAGUCUCGAGAGCUGUCUAAACAAAUACCAAUAACACGUCCAAAAAAACAAGAAAGACCCAAUAGACACAAACACAUCCUAACCCCAUAAAACAGAAAAUAAAAGAAUCCUCCUUCUUCUUGAAAUUUGAAUUCCAAAAUCCAAAGUGCUGAAAUGAUCUUUGAAGGUGUAACUGUGUGAAUUUUAAGCUUAUGACACAAUUGUGGUAUUUCAAGGUUCUUAAAAGAGAAGAAGAAGUUGAAGAUCAUCAUCGUCUAACUCUGAGAAAAUUGGUUGAGAAUGUACGAGGAAAGUUUAUGUUUUGAUCCUACUCCAAUGGUGGACGCAAUCCUUAACAACAACGGCGGCUACUCUGAGUCCACCACGGCAGCAGAAACAGGGUUUCCGGUAAGAAAUCAGUUUCAACCACCGAUCUUGGUAACCGGGAACACAACAAACAGCUUCAACGACGACCUUAGGCUCCCAACAAUGGAGGAGUUCUCUGUUUUCCCAUCUGUUGUCUCUUUCCCAAGCUCAGAAAUUCAGAACCUCAACGACAACAACCAUAUGAUCCAGGAAAUGAUUCACUGGUCGAAUUGGGACAACUCUGGACUCUUUAUGAACACUUCAGUUCCAAACACAACAACAACUCCAACUCCUGAUCUUCUCAGCCUCUUGCAUUUGCCUAGACGCUCAAUGCCAUUACCAAGCUCGAACGUUUCUGAUAUACUGUCCGGUUCUUGCUUCACAUAUGACCCGCUCUUCCACUUAAACCUUCCUCCACAGCCUCCAUUAUUCCCUUCUGCUAAUUAUGACUACUCAGGGUUCUUCCUAGAUACCAAUACUAGUCAAAGAGAUCAGUCAAGUGCUGGUGAUGAGAACAACAAUGCUCAAUUAGAUAGCGGAAUCAUUGAUUUUAGCAAGAAAAUUAGACGUAAAGGAAGAGGGAAGCAGAAGAACAAACCUUUUACAACAGAGCGUGAGAGAAGAUGUCACUUGAACGACCGGUUCGAGGCCUUGAAAUUGCUCAUUCCUAGCCCGACCAAGGCAGAUAGAGCAUCCAUUCUUCAAGAUGGAAUCGAUUACAUCAAGGAGUUGCAAAGAAGAGUAAGCGAGCUUAAGUAUUUGGUUGAGAGGAAAAAAUGUGGUGGUAGACACAAUAACAACAACAACAACUCGGAUGAUUGUAUUAAUGAAGAUACUAAUGAUGAUGAAAACAUAGUGAAGAAGCUAGAGAGUGAUGUAAGAGACCAGUGCUCAAGCAACAACUCGCUAAGGUGUUCAUGGCUGCAGAGGAAGUCUAAAGUAACAGAAGUUGAUGUUAGGAUUGUUGAUGAUGAAGUAACAAUCAAAGUGUUUCAGAAAAAGAAGAUUAACUGUUUGUUGGUUGUCUCUAAAGUGCUUGACCAGCUUCAUCUCGAUCUUCAUCAUGUCGCUGGAGGGCAGAUUGGUGAGCAUUAUUGUUUCUUGCUCAACACCAAGAUAAAUGAAGGAUCAACAAUAUAUGCAAGUGCAGUAGCGAACAAAGUGAUUGAAGUUGUGGAUCAACACCACAUGGCUGCUCUUCCCAUCAAUAAAUUCUUGUUACUAGGCUAACUUUAUCUAACUUUCUGACGUUUGUAAUCCAUGUUUAGUCAUUUUUCAAAGACUCAAUAUUAUCUUUUUUUUAAGCCGAAUGUAGGUUAUAUAGUUUGGAUAUUCAGCUUAAAACGGCAACACAUGUAACUGCUAUAUUCUCCCAAACAAGUAUUAUUACUGGAAAGACGAAUGUUUCAGAGAAACGAAGUAUUGAUGAGCAAAACAUAUGAUCAUGCAUGCUCCAUGUAUAGUUUAUAGGUAUAGAAAUUCAUCGUAUGUUACUAGGGAGAUAGAGCAUCCAUUCUCCAAGAUGAGACUUGGUAAUGAUGAUGAAGACAUGGUCGCCUGGGCAUUUUACCCGGAACCAAAAAAUCCAACCGGAACCGAUCCGAAAAUAUCCGAUCCAAAACCGAACCGAAAAUUUAUAAGUAUCUAUUGGGUCCAAAAAAUUUCUAUCCGAAAGAACCGGAACCAAAAAGAACCGAUCCGAAUAGAUCCAGACCCAAAAAAUAGACCCGGACCCGAUAA